UAUCGCGCCAUCCUCGGUGCUUGAGGGAGGGCGAGAGAGAGGGAGCGGGAGAGGAGGAUAGACCAGGAACGGCGACCGGACGAUUGCUUGCCUAGGACCGGUCGCUGCAGCUGCAUCGAUUGGCAUUCUUCUUCUUCUUCUUCUUCUUCUUCUUCUUCUUCUUCUUCGGUGCUUUCGGAGUUCGACACGUAGUACGGGAACGUUGCUGGGCAGUUUGUAUGUGUGGCUGAACACUUUUGCGGCUUUUGGUCGUCUCUGAGGAGCUGCUGCUGCGGGGUUUGGCAACGUGAAGGCCAUUGGCUUUCCUUUUUAGAUGCACGAGAGACGCCGGCGGUUGGAAUCAAGUCAAGAAGCAUUUGAGCGGAUCGCUGUGUUGUCGAGAAGGGGAUUGCUGGGCACAACAGGCAAGGAAAAGGGGGGCAGGCGAGAGUAUCGACAGAGCCCCGCCCACCAUGGGUUUCGUAGGCAAGCAUGGGCAGCAGACGCUUCGAAGGUACAAGUAUAGUGGAAUUGACAGGUCGAUAAUGUCCAAGUAUAUUUUUCAACCUUAUUGGGCUGCUGUUGUUAAGUUAUUUCCCAUCUGGAUGCCCCCUAAUUUGAUCACCCUUACGGGAUUUUUCUUUGUCGUUGGGUCCACCUUGUUAAGUUACCUAUAUGCUCCUCAUUUGGACACCGAGGGCCCGCGGUACGUGUACCUGUUUCAGGCCAUCCUUUUGUUUCUGUACCAGACGUUCGACGCUGUCGAUGGCAAACAAGCAAGACGCACUAACUCCUCCAGUCCCCUGGGGGAGCUGUUUGACCAUGGCUGCGAUGCCUUGGCUUGCUCUUUUGAAGGCCUGGCCUUCGGCGCAGCUCUGAUGAUUGGCCGAAACAUCAUUUGGCUGUGGGCUGUUGCCGCCAUACCCUUCUAUUUUGCCACUUGGGAGACGUUCCAUACGGGUACCCUCGCUCUCGCCGAGAUAAAUGGGCCCACCGAGGGGUUGUUUCUCACCUAUUCGGCACAUUUCCUUACCUUCCUUGUCGGGCCCACGUGGUGGACUCUUGAUUACAAGGAGGCUCUGCAUCUGCCGGAUAGUCUCAAAUUUCUCCCUGGGGUGCAAUUGAACAACCUGAUGGUUGUUGUCAUGAUGAUGUUUGCCGUUGCGCCCACAGUGUUCUCUAACAUUUCGAAUGUACGGAGAGCUGUGCAGUACUCGAAGGGAGGCGGCGGGAUGCACCAGGCCGUCUUGUUGCUCCUCCCUUUCACCGCGCUGUGCACGAUGGUCUGUGCUUGGGCAUGGGUGUCGCCGUACGAUGUGCUCGGGAACCAGCCGUACCUCCUCAUUCUCGGUGCAGGUUUCUCGUUCGGUUUCCUCGUGGGCCGGGUCAUCCUUUCCCACCUCACCGAUGAGCCCCGGGGCUUGAAAACCAGCAUGUGCAAGGCGCUUCUUCCGCUGCCGAUCGCUCUUGCGAAUGCCCUCUCCGCCCGGCUGCUGGAUGGGACUCCAUUCUUUGAUGAGUUCUGGGUGCUCGUGGGGUUUGUCGCUUACACCUUUGCCCUUUAUAUGUAUUUCGCAAUGCGGGUCAUUUCGGAGAUAACCUCGACGCUGGGGAUCAAGUGCUUCAGCACAAAGAAGGAUCUUCACCGACAAGCAUGACGAUGCAAGCAAGGGUUGGGAGAUGCUCAGUGGUUGUGCUGGACGGACUCCUUGUUGGGUGAAAUUUGGUGGUCCCAUCUAUCUUCUUUUUGCGGGCCUUCCGGAGGAGAAGGCCAAAGGAGGGAAAGGCCAACAGCGCUCCCUACUAGAUGCUAGGGACAGAGAGAGAACCCCCCCCCCCCCCCCCCCCCCCCCCCCCCCCCCCCCCCCCCCCCCCCCCCCCCCCCUCCCCCCCCCUCCUCCCCCCCCCCCCCCCCCCCCCCCCCCCCCUCCCUCACACAUUCAAGUCUUGGGACCUGUGCUGCUUUGUGCCUGGUUAUCCCCCUCUCUUCCCUUGGCCGCAGUUUCUUAGCAGGAAACAGGAGACUGAUCAAACCGAGGGAGAGGAGAAGGCCACUGUGACUUCUCUUCUAAUCUGCGUAGAGAAUGCUUGCCAGUCGACCACAGCUUGUAUUGAUAUGCUCACAUUGCAUUGCUUAAUUACUUGUUGUCAUUGUCAAAUGCUGGGGAGUUGUGGGAGCAGCAUUCUGCAAUUCCCACAGCCUGAUUAUUGUUGCCUCAUUCAUCACACCAAUCAACGACUCAACAACUCAACGACUCAACAACUCAACGACUCAACAACUCAACGACUCAACGACUCGACGACUCGACGACUCAACAACUCGACGACUCAACGACUCAACGACUCGACGACUCAAGGACUCAAGGACUCAAGGACUCAACGGGUCAACAAGUCAACAAGUCAACAAGUCAACAAGUCAACAAGUCAACGAGUCAACAAGUCAACAAGUCAACGGGUCAACAAGUCAACGAGUUAAGUCACCCCUUUGCCGGAAGUGCGGUCAUGUAGGUGAGUGGUGAUAUGGCAGUUGCUCCCUUUGCUUCCCUGGUGCAAACUGGAUCCAACUGCAGCUGGACAUGGGUGAGUUGAUUACUAGAUUGUGAUUAUGUCCAGGUCUUCUUGGGCUCGAGUGCCUGCAUCGUUGUCAGUCCCACUCAGGCUCGUGAGCUCCAAUGU